GGAGGGAGGGGCGCCCUCGCCUUGACUCCGGGUGGGAGCGCCCCUCCGCCAGCCUUAGGCUUCCCGUCUCCCGCUGGGAGGCUGAGGGAGGAGGGAGGAGGGAGGGCUCCUUCGCUCCUCCUCCUCCUCUCCCCCCCCCCCGCCUUUGUUGAUGUUUGACUUAGUUUUAAUUCCCUGCGCCUAAGAUGGAGACAGCGGCGGCGGCGUUGCUGCUGCUGCUCCUGCCGCCGGGGCCCCGCCAGUCCCGUGGCGGCUUCUUCUUCCUCCUCCUGCUGCUCCCGCUGCUCCUCCUGCUGCUGCUGGUGCUGCCGCCGGUGUCCCCUGUCCCCACGCAGGACUUGGCCCGGCCCCUCUACCAGGAAAACAUCAAGAUUAAAGUGAAUAUGUUGGGAAGCAAUGGGAAUAUUCAGGAAGAACAGGUUGUUCUUAAUAUCAGCUAUAUUAAUGAUCAAGUGUAUGUCAAUGACUUUCCGCUAAGGAGUGGCGUUUCCCGGGUAAAGUGUCAGACUUUAAUAUUGAGGAGUGGAAACUCUGACGACUUAUCAGACGAGCAGCGAUUAGGAAUUGUAAAUGUCCGCAUUAUGGUCCAUGAAUGGCCAAUGGCAUCCAGCUCCGACUUGCGGCUGAUUGUUGUUCAGGAGGAGGUGACCGAAAUUGAUGGAAUUCAGGUUCAGCAAGAUGAAGUGACUGAAGUAGAUGUAUUGGUUAAAGAUGUACAAGUCCUUAGGCAUACAAAUUACACCGUUCCUCUGAAAGAAAGCAUGCUGUAUUCCAUCCCCAGAGACAACGAUGUCUUAUUUACACUUCCAAACAUAGCAGGAAAAGCCGAUAUUGAAAGCCCUCUACAAACAACCAGCCAUUACCUUCUUAGACAAGUAGAAACUACGAUAGAUGAAGAGACAGUGCCCGGAAAAUUGCCAGAGACUCCUUUGAGAACAGAGCCCACAUCAUCCUACAAGGUAAUGUGCCAGUGGGUAGAAGACCUGAGGAAAGACCUAUGCGGAUUCUGGUUUAAGUUCUUCCCGGUGUUCUUUAACUUCAUGGGGGUCGUUGUGGUUGGAGUUGUAGGAGCUUCUUUAAUCCUAAAAGUCUUAAAAGUUGUGUGUCCCUCAUGUGAACCCAGGGAAAUUCUCCAUUAUGAUGUCACCAUCAUACCUGUUGUUGCAAUCAACUUACAUCCAGAAAGGCUCGAGAAGACAGACCUAAUAGAGGAGAAAUGUACAACCAUUGCAACUGAAUGAGUUUGUUCACCUAAUCUUUGACACUUGAUUUUUAAUAUAUUGUGUACUUUCCCCUGUAUUAAGCCUAUGAAUGAUCAAUACUUCAAGAUACUUAAGUACGAGGCCCAAAAUAAUUAAUUGCAAUUCCUCUUUACAUCAGCCGUUCCUGGAAAAAGAAAAGAUAACUGUUUCCUUACAAAAGGACUUCAGUAAACUUUUAACUUCUGUGAAGUAGUUUCCCUAUUUCUUACACAGUUAAUUGUCCUUUCGGCACUGACUGCAUAACCUUGCCAUACCAAUCCAAAUAAUCUCUGCUUGGAAAUAUCCAGAGAAAAAAACAAUCCCACAUAAAUGUGAUUUAAGACAACAGCCUUAAGCUCAACAGAGCAACAGAAAGUAAUUAGGUUUUAUUAACACUGGGAUUUGAUUAGGCACACUUGUGACAAAAAACAGCUAGUUUAGGCCUGCUAUCCUUAAGCGUGCCUUAUAAGGGAAGUUAACAGAGGAGCUUUCAUACAUGAGUUAUUUUCCUCCCAAAUGGCAAUCUAAUUAUAAGGUAAAGGUUUCUCCUUGAGAUGAAGUCUAGUCGUGUCCGACUCUGAGGGGUGGUAUCCAUCUCAGUUUAUAAGCUGAAGAGCCGGCGUUGUCCAUAGACACCUCCAAGGUCAUGUGGCCGGCAUGGCAGCAUGGAGCGCCAUGACUAUACCAGCACUUUAUUGAGGCAUUCAUAAUAAGGCCUCUUGACACUAAAUUCUAAAGUAUUUCUAAAUCUGUGCUUCUUGAUGUUAUACAAUAUAAAUUUAUCUCAACCAGGAACACAUUUUUUUAAAAAAAUAUGAUUUACUAGGAAUGGUUUUAUGCACAAAUUUGUACAUGCACAACUUUACAAUAAACCCUUACCUGUUAAGACAAA